CGUCCGGGCGACGUGCACUUUUUGCAGCUGCUCACGUCCCACGCGUGGUCUCGUACACAUACAACGCACGUAGGAAGUCACCACAGCGAUCGCAUACGCGUGCAUCAGCGGCAAAAGUAACCAGCGCUCGCCGUGAGUCUCUGUGAGAGCAGCCUGCUGCAACGCGACAGCGGAGAGCGCCCGACGCCGGAAGAGCUCCGACGACGCCGCCGCCGCGCACCCCUAGCAAACAAAGAUGCCCCAGCACGAGCACAUCGAGCAGCAUCGAAAGCGCCACGGCGAACGCUUAGACGCGCCCGAGCGCCGACGAAAGAAGGAGGCGCGGUCGGUACAUGAACGCGCCAAGUUCGCCAAGAAGGUCCAUGGUUUACGAGCGAAGUUGUUCAACAAGAAGCGCUUCAAGGAGAAGGCCAUCCUCCGAAAAACUAUUGCCGCCCAUGAGGAAAAGGAAGCACGAGCAAGAAAUAACACUAGUGAUGACAAGGCCGCCGUACCGGCCUUCCUCCUAGACAGGGAAGGUACUUCGAGAGCAAAAAUCCUCUCGAAUAGCAUCAAACAGAAGCGCGCAGAGAAGGCGGGUAAGUGGUCAGUACCAAUACCCAAGGUAAGAGCAGUAGCGGACGACGAGAUGUUCCGCGUGCAAGCGUCGGGCAAGCGCAAGAAGAAGGCCUGGAAGCGCGUCGUCACGAAAAUUACCUUCGUCGACCCGAAUUUUACGCGCAAGCCUCCGAAGUACGAGCGAUUUAUUCGACCGAGCGGUUUGAGGAUGAAGAAGGCCCACGUGACGCAUCCGGAGCUGAAGGCGACGUUCUGUUUGGACAUUUUGGGCGUGAAGAAGAAUCCUAGUAGUGCGAUGUACACGUCGCUGGGCGUCAUUACGAAGGGUACCGUGAUCGAGGUGAACGUGUCGGAGUUGGGCUUGGUUACUACUACGGGUAGAGUAGUCUGGGGCAAGUACGCCCAGGUGACGAACGACCCCGAAUUGGAUGGGUGCAUCAACGCGGUGCUGCUCGUGUAAGGAAUAGUCUGUAG